AUGAUUUUAAGUUCAAUAAGUAUCAAUGCAAAGUCGGCAAUAUUAGGUUUCCGUAAAAUUUUUGUUUUAUCGCGAAUAGGAACCGAAUUAUCGACUAGAUAUAUUAGAACAACAGGAAUGUCAUUUCGUAGAAAUCAGCGACCGAGAGAUGAAUUUAAUCAUCAAAGCUAUGGUCCAUCGCCUCAACGACCAAGAAGUAAUAAUUAUAAUGAUUCCUGGAAUGAUCCGUUCUCAAUGAUUAAUGAGAGUUUAAGUCAAAUGAGAAAUUUCAAUAUGAAUGCUUGUCAGCAAGUUGCAGCUACAGUUUUUACAGUCCAUUGUGGUGAAAUUCGAGAGAAGGAUGACGGAAUCAGAGUAAAAAUAUCAGGAAAGGUUGUAAAAAGACCUAGAAGUGGUCGAUUCUUAGAAGUUAAGGAUUUAACAGGAUGUACACAACUCGUUGCUAUGGACGACAAACCAGAAGUUCAACAAAAGUUCCAGUCCAUACCAAAUGACGCCUACAUUUCAGUUAUUGGAACAGUACAGACACGACCUGCACGAUUCAUUAAUAAAUCAAUUGGAACGGGAGCAGUUGAGAUAGCCGUGGAGGAAUUCGAUAAAAUUAUCAUGCCAAUUUUAAGUGACAUGUCAGGAAGUUCUUUUGAUCAACAGACUAGAUCAUAUUCAACGAGUAGUACAACGAAAUCAAAAGGAAUCACAAGCAUCGAGUACAAAAGAUCGACAUCAGAAAAUAUCGUUCAAUAUUUUGUUAAUCGAAAAUUCACUUGCGGUGGACUAAAUAGAGAUGAUAUUGGAACUUUUGUGACCUUAGUUGGAUGGUUGGAUUCAAAGAAGCAUGGAAAGUUUUUACAACUAAAAGAUGGGUAUGGAAUAAUUCAAGUAAUUGUUGAUUCCGAUGAUUUAGAGAUGAAGCAACAAGUGGCAAAUGUAAAGGAUGACAAUAUUAUAUUAGUGCAAGGAAGAGUCAUCGCUAGACCACCUGCAAUGGUUCGUCAUAAUACAGAUACAGGAGAAAUAGAGAUAUUAGUAACUGAUUUUAAAAUUCUUGAUCCAAAUGAACCAUAUAAAAAUCCUAAUGGCGUAGAGGAACCAAAAGAAAUGGAAGUAGAAGUGAAUGAGACAAAUGCUCAAAAUCAAUCAACUCAGCCAGUCUCGCCACGACCAGUUGAAAAGCCAAAAAUAAAUUUAUAUACAUACAGAACUCACAAUUGUGGAGAAUUAAAUGAAUCGAAUAUUGGACAGGAAGUGACAUUAACUGGAUGGCUUGAAUUCCAUAGAAUGAAAAAAUUCUUUACACUACGUGAUGGCUAUGGAUGCACUCAAGUCAUUAUUCCUGAUGAAUUAUGUACUAAUUAUAAUAUUGAGGAAAUUCCAUAUGAAAGCGUCUUAAAAGUUACUGGUUUGGUGCUUGCACGACCUUUUGGAAUGAGAAAUGAAUCAAUGAUGACUGGAAAUAUUGAAGUUACAAUGAAAUCACUAACCGUACUUAAUGAAGCUAAGAAAAAUCUUCCACUUGAAAUCAGGAAUUUUAAUCGUGCAAAAGAAAAUUUAAGAAUGGAAUAUCGAUAUCUUGACUUGCGAUUUCCUGACAUGCAAAAGAAUUUACGUACGAGAUCUAAAGUUCUUAUGAAAAUGCGUGAAUACCUUAUAAAUCAUUGUGGAUUUGUUGAAGUUGAAACUCCUACACUCUUUAGAAGAACUCCCGCCGGUGCCCAAGAAUUUGUAGUUCCAACCAGAAAGGCUGGAAAGUUUUAUUCACUCGUUCAAAGUCCACAACAGUUUAAACAGCUUCUUAUGGUCGGUUCCAUUGACAGAUAUUUCCAAAUUGCACGUUGUUAUCGCGACGAAUCAACAAGACCUGAUCGACAACCUGAAUUCACACAAUUGGAUAUUGAAUUAUCAUUUACAGAUCAAAGUCAUAUCAUGUCAAUGAUUGAAGCAGUUUUAGUGAAUUGUUGGCCAGAAAGUAAUGGAACAUUGUCAGUUCCUUUCCAAAAAAUGUCUUAUGAUGAGGCUAUGGAAAGAUACGGAACUGAUAAACCCGAUCUCAGGUUUGAUAUGCAGCUACAGAAUGUUACAAAUCUUGUGUCAUUAAAUGAGGACAUUACACAGUCAACACCUAAUAUGGGAUCUUAUGCUAUUGUCCUAAAACAUCCACAAUCAAAUAUUAAAAACAGCUUAAAGAAAGAAUUAAAGGACAUAGAAAAGGAAACAAAUUCACAUUUAGUUGUCAGCAAAAUAGCUGCAAAUGAUAUAAAUGAAUGGAUUGAUGGUCCACUAAAGAAUGUUUUUUCAACUGUCGUGCUUAAAGCUCUCGCUGCAAACUUGCAUUUGGAACCAAACGAUUUACUAGUCAUUGGAUAUGGAAAGAAGGCAGAUUGUCAGACAUUAAUGGGAAGAGUCAGAAUAAGUUUGUAUGAUGAUUUAGAGCAACGAGGAUUAGUCGCUGAGAGAGCAAAGGAAGAAAAUAAAUUUUUAUGGGUUGUUGAUUUUCCACUUUUUGCAAAAAAUGAGGAAACGAAUGAGAUUGAAAGUGUUCAUCAUCCAUUUACAGCACCACAUCCAGAUGAUAGAAAUCUACUUGGAAAUCCAGAAUCGAGAUUAUUAGCACGUUCAUUGGCAUAUGAUUUAGUUCUAAAUGGACAAGAAGUUGGUGGUGGUUCUGUUCGUAUUCAUGAACCAAAAUUGCAGAAAUAUGUCUUCGAUGAGAUCUUAAAAUUAGACAGAAAUCAUCUAAAUCACAUGCUUGAAGCACUUCAAAGUGGAGCACCUCCACAUGCAGGUAUAGCAUUAGGAAUCGAUCGCUUAAUAUCCAUUAUUUGUAAUACAAAUUCAAUCAGGGAUGUUAUUGCUUUCCCAAAAAGUUCUGAGGGUAGAGAUCCAUUAUCGAAAGCUCCUUGUGAAAUUUCAGAGGAAGAGAAGAAAAUGUAUCACAUAAAAAUCAUAGACGAUAAAGAAUCUAGCGCUUAG